GGCGAAAGCGUUUCAAUAUCUGGCCCAAAUAAGAUAAGGCCCAAUAUAAUUUUGACAGGCUCAAAAUAUCGUUAUGGGCCAAGAAACAGACAAACAAAAUUUUGUUCACUCUCAUUCUCUCUCGCUCGCUCGCUCUCAAUCUCUCCGGUUGGUUGGUUGGGUUUCCUCUUUGGUUCGUCUUCUCAAAAGUCUGCGAAAAUGGCGGCUUCGGUUCAACCUGCAUGCUUAGACCUCCACUUCUCCGGGAAGCAUCCGCCGCUGCUUAAACACAACGCUUUCUUCGUCCGCUGCGUUUCUUCUCCGUCGAAUUUUCCGGAACCAGACUCCCUCACUGACCCGCCUGACCUCAAUAUGAGCAAGGACCAGCGCAAAGUGGUUCGUAUCGCGUGGGAGAAGCUCGUCCGAUGGUCCCGCUCUUGGCGCGCCAAAGCCAAAACAGAUGUUCUCGAGCGCACUCGCAAGGUUGUUGUUCUCGGUGGAGGUUCGUUUGGUACGGCAAUGGCUGCGCAUGUAGCUAGAAGGAAAGAAGGAUUAGAGGUUAAUAUGCUUGUGCGCGACUCUUUUGUUUGCCAGUCUAUCAACGAGAACCACCAUAAUUGCAAGUAUUUUCCUGAGCAUAAGCUACCUGAGAAUGUGAUUGCCACAACUGAUGCGAGAGCUGCGUUGCUUGAUGCUGACUAUUGCCUCCAUGCCGUACCUGUGCAGUUCAGCUCAUCGUUUCUAGAGGGAAUCUCCGGUUAUGUUGAUCCAGGGUUGCCUUUUAUAUCUCUUAGCAAAGGUCUUGAGCUUAAUACUCUUAGGAUGAUGUCUCAGAUCAUUCCCACUGCGCUAAAGAAUCCUCGGCAGCCUUUCGUUGCGCUUUCUGGCCCAUCAUUUGCUCUGGAGUUGAUGAACAAUUUGCCCACUGCAAUGGUGGUUGCCUCGAAAGAUAAGAAACUGGCCAAUGCCGUUCAGCAGCUUCUGGCUUCUAGUUACUUGAGAAUAAACACUUCCAGUGAUGUUACAGGCGUUGAAAUUGCCGGUGCCCUGAAGAAUGUUCUGGCAAUAGCAGCAGGAAUCGUUGAUGGCAUGAAACUCGGUAACAACUCUAUGGCAGCUCUUGUAUCACAAGGUUGUUCAGAGAUAAGAUGGCUAGCCACAAAGAUGGGUGCAAAGCCAACAACCAUAACGGGUUUAUCAGGAACUGGGGACAUAAUGCUCACGUGUUUUGUGAACCUUUCAAGAAACCGAACAGUUGGAGUCAGAUUAGGGUCAGGGGAGACACUAGAUGACAUACUUAGCUCCAUGAAUCAGGUUGCUGAAGGUGUAGCAACGGCAGGGGCAGUUAUAGCAUUAGCACAGAAAUACAAUGUGAAGCUGCCCGUUUUGACAGCCGUGGCUAAGAUCAUUGAUAACGAACUGACCCCGACUAAAGCUGUUCUCGAGCUCAUGAACCUUCCUCAGGUUGAGGAAACGAAGAAGACGAUGGUGAAUAGAACCCAAAAAUCGGCGAGAGAGACAAAGCAAGAAGUUAAAGAUGGAAGCAAAGCAAAGAGCGGUUUGUUCGCUUCCUGUUCCUUCUCUUCGCUUGGCCUUGAUCCUAAGCUGUCUGACCAGCUCAAAGAAAGGAUGGGUUUUGAGGCUCCUACGCUUGUACAAGCUCAAGCUAUUCCUGUUAUCCUCUCCGGUCGAGAUGUACUUGUAAAUGCCCCAACCGGAACUGGGAAAACGAUAGCGUAUUUGGCACCAAUCGUCCAUCACUUGCAGGGUCAUUCUCCCAAGGUUGAUCGUUCUCAUGGAACUUUUGCUUUGGUGAUUGUGCCGACACAGGAACUGUGUCUUCAGGUGUACGAAACCUUGGAGAAGCUGCUGCAUCGUUUCCAUUGGAUUGUCCCUGGUUAUGUGAUGGGAGGCGAGAAAAAGGCUAAAGAAAAGGCCAGGUUAAGGAAAGGGAUAUCAAUUCUAAUUGCAACCCCUGGACGCCUCCUUGAUCAUUUGCAGAACACAGCUUCAUUUGUGCACAAGAAUCUGCGUUCUAGACAAAACGAGCCAGAGGAAACGGAUGAUGUUGUUCCGAUGGGAGCUCAGAAGCAGCACUUGUUAUUGUCAGCAACGUUGAAUGAUAAAGUGAACCACCUUGCCAAACUUAGUUUGGACGAUCCGGUGAUGAUUGGUCUUGAAAGCAGCAAAUUGCAGCAAAGCCUACCACUAGAGUCUCCUGAUUCUGAUGAGGAUGAUUUGGUAAUUCAUGUAAACAAAUCUGCAAACCCUUCAUCUGAGGACUAUGGAAUCCCAUCGCAGCUUGUGCAGAAAUAUGUUAAAGUGCCAUGUGGUGCACGGCUUGUGGCACUUCUUUCUGUUCUCAAGAACCUUUUUGAGAGAGAAGCAUCUCAAAAGGUGGUCGUAUUCUUCUCGACACGUGAUGCCGUAGAUUUUCAUUACUCACUUCUUAGUGAAUUCCAGUGGCCACCAAAAUCCGAGUCAGAAGAAGAGGAGGAGACGAAACAGUUGUUUCUCAAGUGCAAAACGUUUCGGUUACAUGGAAGUAUGGAGCAGGAGGAUAGAAGAUCUGCGUUUGGGACCUUCAAAGCAGAGAAACAGGCCCUUCUCUUGAGUACAGAUGUUGCUGCUAGAGGCUUGGAUUUCCCAAAAGUAAGAUGUAUCAUACAAUAUGACUGUCCCGGGGAAGCUACAGAGUAUGUGCAUAGAGUUGGUAGAACAGCUCGUAUUGGUGAAAAAGGAGAAGCCUUGCUGUUUCUACAGCCUGUUGAAAUAGACUAUCUCAAGGACCUUAAGAAACAUGGUGCAACUCUUGCAGAGUACCCUCUUCUAAAAGUUCUCGAUAAGUUUCCUCUACUCGGCAACAUGCCUCGUAUCAAAAAGGUCCUAUCCCUAGAAUCGCAUCCGUGGGUCAUCUCUCUGCAGAGAGCCCUUGAAUUCUUUACUUACGCCGAGCCGAAGAUGAAGAACCUGGCGAAGAAUGCGUUUGUGUCUUGGGUUAGGGGAUAUGCAGCUCACAAGGGAGAGCUCAAGAGCAUCUUUGUGGUGAAGAAGCUUCACUUGGGUCAUGUCGCCAAGAGCUUUGCGCUGAAAGAGCAACCUUCGUUGGUUGGAAAAUCGCACCAUAAGGAAACAAUGAAGAGGAAGAGAGACGAACGCCAAAAAGGCCAACACAAAAGCAAGAGAAAGAAGAUGAGUGGCGGCAGUAGAACUUGCUCUUUUCUUACGAACCUAUGCUAUGGCAAAACCAUUCAUGCUUCGGUCAUCGUGUUGGGUCGGCGAUACGAUCCUUUCAUUGCAACCUCGCUUGUCAAUAUGUAUGUAAAAUGUGGAUCUUUAGAUCACGCCGUCCAAGUGUUCGACGAUUGGUCUCAGAGUGGAGUUUCUGCUGGGGAUGUCACAGUUUGGAACUCUUUGAUUGAUGGGUAUUUCAAAUUUCGCAAAUUUAAGCAAGGGAUUGGUCGUUUUCGGCGAAUGCUGGUGUUGGGAGUAAGACCUGAUGCUUUCUCGUUAACCAUCGUUGUAAGUGUUUUGUGUAAAGAAGGAAAAUUGAGGCGGGAAGAGGGGAGACAGAUUCAUGGGUAUAUGUUAAGGAAUUCUUUAGCUGGUGAUUCUUUCUUGAGAACUGCUUUGAUUGAUAUGUAUUUCAAGUUUGGUUUAGCGACAGAUGCAUGGCGUGUGUUCUUGGAGAUUGAGGAUAAAUCUAAUGUUGUACUGUGGAAUGUGAUGAUUGUUGGGUUUGUUGAUAGUGGGCUCUGUGAAUUUAGCUUGGAGUUGUAUACGCUUGCAAAGAAUAACAGUGUCAAGCUUGUUUCCACUUCUUUCACCGGAGCUCUUGGUGCAUGUGGUCGUGGUGAGGAUUUUGGUUUCGGGAGACAGAUCCAUUGCGACGUUGUGAAGGUGGGACUUGACAAUGACCCGUAUGUUUGUACGUCACUACUGUCAAUGUAUUCAAAGUGCGGUAUGGUUGGUGAGGCAGAAACUGUCUUCAGUUGCGUUAUAGAUAAAAGACUUGAAAUGUGGAACACGAUGAUUGCAGCUUAUGCAGACAAUGACUAUGGAUACUCUGCUUUGGAGUUGUUCGGUUUCAUGAGGCAGAAUAGUGUUGUUAUGCCUGAUUCUUUUACCAUCUCGAAUGUUAUAGCCUGUUGCAGCACGUUGGGAUUGUUUGGCUAUGGAAAAUCAGUCCACGCGGAACUCUUUAAAAGACCGAUACAACGUACGCCUGCAAUAGAGAGUGCUUUACUCACUCUGUACUCUAAAUGCGGAUGUGAUACUGACGCUUAUUUAGUCUUCAAAUCAAUGGAAGAGAAAGAUAUGAUUGCAUGGGGUUCCUUGAUCUCAGGACUUUGCAAGAAUGGGAAAUUCAAAGAGGUAUUGGAAGUUUUCGGGUCCAUGAAAGAUGAUGAUGACGAUAGCUUGAGACCUGAUUCUGAUAUGAUGACCAGUGUUAUAAAUGCGUGUGCUGGAUUAGAGGCUCUCAGUUUUGGCCUUCAGGUUCAUGGCGUAAUGAUUAAAACUGGACAGGUGAUGGAUGGUUUUGUCGGCAGCUCCCUUAUCGAUCUGUAUUCUAAAUGUGGCUUACCAGAAAUGGCCCUAAAAGUUUUCUCUACCAUGAGACCUGACAACAUUUUCGCCUGGAAUGCAAUGAUAUCUUGCUACAGCCGAAACAAUCUUCCAGAACUAUCGUUAGAACUUUUCAACCUGAUGCUCAACCACGGUGUGUUUCCAGAUUCAGUAUCCAUCACAAGUGUCCUUGUAGCAGUCUCUUCAACUGCAAGCUUGCUUAAAGGGAAGAACGAGGUUCGGUUAAUGCGUUGGGCACCAAGUUUGGGAGCUGCAGGUUUGGCUGCUCGGCCACGACCAGAAGACAAAGGUUUUGCCCUGGUGGUUGGUAUAGGAGCAGCGAUGGCAGCCCAAGGGUCUUCAUCAUCAGAUUGCACUGUCUUCUUCAAGUUCAACGGUCUUGAAGACGUUGCAGGCGGAGGAGCAGCUAUGGAUCCCCACAAAUCAUCGUCUUCGGAUUUCGCUGCUGAUUUCACCGUGCUAAUCUUUGGUCUUGAGCUUGCAGCUAUAAAGAGCGAUGAAAAU